GUGGUGCGCUGUAUCUUAUGUGAGACUUCCAUAGCAGAGAUGUACUGUGAUACAUGCCUCGUGAGACUGUGCACGGACUGUAUCGAUACACACAUCCUACAUGAUGAGUGCAGACAUCACAGAAUUGUUCAAUUUCAGACAAGACAAUCUGCUCUUCUCCAAGCUAAUUGUGCGAUUCAUAUGGGAAAACCCUGUGACAUGUUUUGCUAUACGUGCAAUAUUCGUAGUUGUCCAAAGUGCAUAUUAUCCAAUCACCAGGGUCAUAACUACUGGAUUUUUCGGCAAGAACUCGGCCAUAACCGUCAAACACUUUUAGGGCAAUUUCCAAAGAUUUUAUGCUUUUCAAAUGAAGAAAUCCAACAUUUUGCAGACGUCUUACUAGUCCUAGAAAACACUUUAAAAGACGCUCCCGGUGAUGCCUUUGCUUGCAGAAUCCUGAAAUAUUUGCACGUUGACGAAUUUCUAAGAAAAAUACAAUUUUUGCAGAGCAAAGUUGUCCUAGCAGAAGCCAGUGAUCUUUGUUAUAGUAAUACAGGCGAAGGCUUCGUUUUCGUUUGCAUAAACAAAGUAGAAGUGAGACCCAGCGGCAACACGCUGCUGGUACUGCAGCCUGAAACACCUUUAGAUCAGUUUACGAGCAUAUGCCAUUUGCCGAAAGCUUUUCUUGUGUCGAGUAAUUCUGAAAGCAUCGAAAAUUCAAAACUGUCCGUCUACAGGGAAUACAGAGAUAUAUUUGAAGAUAGAUAUACCAGAAUCUAUCACGAGCUCGACUCUCCUAAGGAAUUUCUUUUCUUCAGUGCAAAAUAUACAAUCGAUACCUUAACUAACUUGUUGGUAAAGGUAAUCAGAACAGAAUAUGAUAUAGCCGUUAUAGUGGAAAAUACUGCAAAUGAAGUUUUCACUAGAGAGGAAAUUUUAAGAAGAAGUCGAAAUAUUAAAAUUAAUUUUGGAUCCAUUUAUGAAAGGAGGUUUUCUUCCCAUGUUCGGGAAAGAGUUCAACAAACUGAAAACCUCUCAGGGGUAUCUGAAUACGUAAGAGAAGAUUUGAGGGAUGAUGCUUUGGGGUAUCUGAAGGAAAUGCUGGAUAUUGAACUUACGAGGGAGAUAAAAGAAAUUUACUUACAGGAAAUUUUUACAAACCGAGUCAGGCGUGAUACUCUAGGCUUUCUUGGAAUAGCAACUCAAUUUUUUAUAAGACAAUUGGCGCCUAUAAUUUGGAUCCUUUUGACCAUUUUCACUUUCGGAGGUUAUCUGUUUACCAUUUUUAGAGAACCUAAAAUCAAUUCCUCUCAAUGGCGGGUCCAAAUUUCAGAGACAUUAUAUAAAAAAAUAUUAGAUAAAAAAGAUUAUAUUGUGUGGAGGGCUGCCAAAAACAUAAAGGACAUUUGCGAUCAGACUUUUGCCGAAUUGAUGGUGAUCAUUAGUAUGCUCAAAGGUGUGAAAAGUAAAAUUCCAUUAGAUGAUCAAAAUGAGAUUUUUAAUGAAUGGAUGCUUGGAGGCUCACAAGAACGUGAUAAUCGUACAACGAUUCUUUACACCAGAAGUCAAAUCUGAAUUAAUGCGGCUUCAACAGACAUAAUGAUACAUGCAGCUUCAGAAAUUGGAUGACACCUUAGCUACGGAUCGUUGUUUACUCCUGGUUUUCAUCCCCUAGAUUAAAGAGUCAAGAUGUAACCCGAACGUCGAUAUCGUCAUUUCUAAAAAGAAAACACUGAUCUGAUUUGAUAGCCAGAUUGAUAGAUAUUUAUUUGGC